AUGGACAAGGGCGAAAUGAGCAGCCCGGAAAUACCUACCGAAGCCCCCGGCGCCGCCGUGGAGUCGCCGGCGAAGGUGAAAACUUCAGAAGACGCCGCCUCGCAGCCUAGACGCGAACUCUUCGUCCGAUCGCUUCCUGCCUCUGCGACGACCGAGGGCCUUGCAGAGCAUUUUUCGCAAUCCUACGUGAUCAAACAUGCUGUUGUUGUUCUCGAUCCGAUAACGAAGCAGUCAAAGGGUUACGGAUUCGUGACCUUUGCCGAUGUCGAGGAUGCUCAGGCCGCCUUGGAGGAAUUCAAUGGGUCGACGUAUGAGGGGAAGAAGAUCAAGGUUGAAUAUGCGCAGCCUCGUCAGCGUGUGGUUGAUGAGGCUGGUGGGAAGAGUGUUCCAUCCGCUGCUGCUAUUGAGCGCAAGAAGCAAAGGGAAGAACAGCAGAAAGGCGAUGCACAGCCGCCCAAGCUGAUUGUUCGAAACCUGCCGUGGAGCAUCAAGGAACCUGACGAUUUGGCGGUGCACUUUAGGAGUUUCGGAAAGGUCAAAUAUGUUACUCUGCCAAAAAAGGGAACGCAACUGGCUGGGUUCGGUUUCGUUGUCUUGAGAGGGAAGAAGAACGCCGAGAAGGCCCUAGAGGCUGUCAACGGGAAAGAGGUUGAUGGGAGAACACUGGCUGUCGAUUGGGCAGUUGACAAGGAAACUUGGGAAACCCAACAGAAGGAGGAGGAAAAGUCUGAAGAGCCACACGUCAAGGAAGAGUCCAGCGAUGUCGAUAUGGAUGAAGGGGGUGUCGGCUUGCUUGACAAUGAGCUCGACGACGACACCAGCGUGAAAGAUGAGGAGGAUGACGAUGACGAGGAGGAGGAGGAUGAUGAUGAUGAGGAGGAUCUAGAUGGAGAGGAAGACGAGGGAGACAAAGAGGACGAACGCAACGCCUCGACGAUAUUCAUUCGCAACCUACCAUUCACAUGUACGGACGAAUCCCUCUACGAACACUUCGCCCAGUUUGGAACCCUCCGCUACGCACGAAUUGUCGUCGACCCAGAAACUGAACGCCCUCGUGGUACCGGUUUCGUCUGCUUCUGGAAGCCCGAGAAUGCUCACGCCUGUGUGCAAGGCGCCCCGAAGCAACAAGACACCCUCGCUGCCGACAAAGAGAAGCCGAAGAAGGGUGCCAUUAUCAAGCAGUCCGUGCUGCAGAACGAGAACGCGGACCCCACUGGCCAAUAUACCCUCGAUGGCCGUGUCCUCCAGGUCAGCCGGGCUGUGAGCAAGUCUCGCGCGGCAGAACUUGAGGAGGAGGGCGUCUCAAAACGCCUUGUCCGCGACACUGACAAGAGACGUCUAUACCUUGUGAACGAAGGUACCAUCCCAUCGAACUCGCCUCUCUACCAGAAACUCUCGCCCUCCGAGAUCAAGAUGCGCGAAGACAGCUUCAGGCAACGACAAAAUUUCAUUAGGAAGAACCCCUCUCUCCACCUCAGCUUAACACGACUCUCCAUCCGGAAUGUCCCCCGUCACGUCACCUCAAAAGACCUCAAACAGCUCGCCCGAGAGGCUGUCGUUGGCUUUGCCAAGGACGUCAAGGAGCGCAAGCGCCAGCCGCUUUCCAAGGAGGAGCUGGGCCGCGCCUCGGAAGAGAUGAAGGAAGCCGAGAGGCUUCGAAAGAACAAGGGUGUUGGUCUCGUCCGACAAGCCAAGAUUGUUUUUGAAGGCCGCGAUGGAAGUAAGGUUACCGAGGGCAGCGGCGCGGGGCGAAGCAGGGGCUAUGGAUUCAUUGAAUACUAUACCCAUCGACAUGCGCUUAUGGGUCUCCGAUGGCUCAAUGGGCAUGCCGUCGAGCCUCCCAAGAAUGUCUCCGAGGAUCUGAAGGACAGGAAGAAACGGCUGAUUGUUGAGUUUGCGAUUGAGAAUGCUCAGGUCGUUAAGCGACGUAGCGAGCUGCAAGAGAGGGUGCGGAAUUUCAAGAAACGGGACCAGGAGGCUGAUGGUGAUGAUAAGCCACGGAACAGGGACUCGAGAGGAGGCAGAGAUUCCAGGGGAGGUAGAGCCUCAAGGGGCGGCAGAGACUCAAGGGGUUCCAGAGACUCAAGAGGUUCCAGAGACUCAAGGGGUUCCAGAGACUCGAGAGGGGGUAGAGACUCGAGAGGAGGCAGGGACUCGAGAGGGGAUAGAGAUACAAGGCAGAACGGGAACCAGAGGAACAACAGAGGACCAAAGAAGGAUGAUGCGACGCUACAAGGAAAGAACUUGAAGAGAAAGCGUUCCGAUGGCGGCAAUGAAGACGCCGAUGAGCAGAACAAGCUGGCCAAACGAAACCGCAUUAUCGCGAAGAAGAGGAUGCAACGAAAAGACCGCAAAGGAAAGGCCUAG